CAUGCUUUAAUAAUUGAUUUGCAGACAUGCAGCAUUUUGCAGAAUGCAUGUAAAACAGCACGGGGCACCAUAUGAAAUGCUUCAGCAAGAACAAAGACAAUGCAACUCUCCAGUGGGCUUCAACAACAAAAGUCAGACGAGCUUAUGUGUUGUUCACCAGCUGAGCUGCAACAACCAAUGCAAUCCGAUGCAACUCAUCCAUCCAUCUGCACGUGCACGCUCGCCACUUUUUGAGAUUUUCCUCACAGCUUCUUUAUAUACUCGCUUCCAUCCGUCAUUGAGAGAUCAAUUUAAUGCUACCAAGUUGGAUGUUCUAAAGGGUCGAUGCAUUGGGGAAACUGAGAUUUAUGGAUGGUGUCCCAUGGAAGAACUAGGAUAAAGGGAAUUUUAGAGGCAUAACAGCUCAUUUAUAUAUAUAUAUUUGGAUCUGUUUCCUUCUCGCGUUGGUCGUAGACCCAUGGCAAAGUGGUUUAGAGAUCACCUGAGUUUUGGCAGCAGGAAAGGACCGCCACAGCCCCCGAAACCAGACUACACCGAAAGCGAGAUCCUACGGGCCUACAGGGCUCAGAAAGAGCUGGACUUUGAGGACCCCUACGAACCCCCCGAGAACCGCGUGGUGAACGGCUCGGGGUCUUUGGAAGUGUUUCCCGCUUUUGGCACAGUGCUGUCCAAUGGCUUGGAGGUGAAGAUUGUGUCUCCCAAACACAGACUGAUAAAAGUGGAAUCUCAGGAAUUCGGGCGUAGCAAAGUACCGCUGAACAUCGUGACCUUUGAGGAACCGCAGGCCCCUGUGGUUCCCUCUGCUCCUGUGGUCGGGGAGACGGAUUACUCGGACCCGUUUGACGCCAGGCCGGACCCGCGGCCCAGACCCGGCUGGGAGCAGAACGCUGUCGAGGCCUCCAGCAGUUACAUGGAGCCGUUUGAGGCCCAGCGGUUCAUAAGCGAGCUCCAGCACAGCUCAGAUGGGGGCAGGAGCAGCCCGCAGCUCUACGACAGUCCGUAUGAGGACAGGUUUCGGCCCCGGGAGGAGGCCACCGCAGAGGACGAGAGAGAGAGCCAUCUGCCCCAGGACGACGAGAGGCCCGCCGAUGAGUACGACCAGCCCUGGGAGUGGAAGAAGGAGAACAUCUCCAAAGCCUUCGCUGUGACGUUUGAAGCGGGAGACUGGGAUCAGUGUACUCUGCCCAGUGACGAUCCCCUGAGGAAAGCAGGAGUGUCCAGAAUCAGUCCCCCGUCCAGCCUGAGCAAGACCAGCAACUCCCACUGCAUCCUGGGAGAGAGAGUGGACCCCACACUGGCCCUGGAGAAACAGGUGUGGUACCAUGGUGCACUGACGCGCUCAGAAGCCGAAUCUCUGCUCACGCUCUGUAAGGAGUGCAGUUAUCUGGUGAGGAAAAGCCAGACCAUCCGAAACGACUAUUCGCUCUCUCUCAGGAGCUGUCACGGGUUCAUGCACAUGAAGUUCUCGCAGUCUCGUGAUGGGAAGUUCAUCCUGGGAGAGAACAGUCCUCCGUUCGACACCAUCCCUGAAGUCAUUCAUUACUACACCACAAACAAACUGCCCAUCCGCGGAGCCGAACACCUGUCUCUGCUCUUCCCGGUGCUGGUGCAGACGCUCUGAGGCCACACACACACACACACACCUCAUUAUCAAUCACACAUUGAAGGCUCGAGCAGAUCUUUGAGCGUUUGAUUUGUGUUCGGAGUGCGUUUUCGAUUUUUCCGGAGCGCGAUGCGAAUGGAAACUCACUGUAUUGACGUGCGACACACAUAUGAAGAAUAUUCUCGCUGGACUUUAAUGCUUCUUUGCAUCACUGUGGGAACUGCAAUAUUCAUUUUCUGCUCCAAACUCUUCAAAUGAUAGAUUUAAGAUUUGAGGAUAAAAUGUAAACUGACCAAAGUAUUUAUAAACAUUUACAAUACUAAAAGAAAAAGCAAUGUACACUACAAAUCUCAUCCUCUGUAGAGUUUCUUGUUUUCAAAAGUGAAAUAAUUCACACGAAAUGACGAUUCUGUCAUUUACUCAUCGUCGUGUCGGUCCAAACCUGUGUGACAAAAGAGAUAUUUUGAUGCUUUUUGAGCUGCUCUUUUUCCAUGCAAUGAAAUCGAAUGAUGACCGCACUAAAAAGGGUCAAAUCAUAAAUAUAGUCCAUAAUAAGUCUUUUGAGGCCAUACAGUAGCUUUGUGUGAGGAAAACGGCACAAUUUUAGUUGUUAUUCAUUAAUGUUUCAUUAUGUCACAGCUCUUAAUUCUCAUUUGUGUUUCCUCGUAUUCAAACUAAGGCAACUUAACAACUUAAAAAUUGACAUAAAUGGUCAUAAUUAUGAGAUAAAAAGUUGAAAGGGUGAGUUAACUCUAAAUGAUAAGAUAAGUCGAUUCUGACAAGUCCAUUUUUGGCAAUUAUGCCUCGUCAUAAUUUAUAUUUCUUGUAAAUUUUUACUUUUUAUGUCAUAGUUAUAACGUCACAAUUUAUGUAACAUUUUUCACCAUGUUGAAGCUCUCGAUUCUCAUUUUGUGUUUCUGCAUUAAUAAAACUAGGGCAGAGGGAAAGAUACAAAUAACUUAAAUUUAACUCAAAAAGUUUUUAAAAAGUCAUAAUUAUGGCAAAAAUUAAAACUAUGACAGUAAUUAUUCUGACAUUAUUGCAAGUCGAAAUGAAUGGUCAAAAUUGACAAAUAAUAAGAGAUAAAAAUCAAUUGACAAUCAAAAGUAUGAGUGAAAAUUGACAGUAAUAAAAGUUUAAAUUAUAAGAUGAAGGCUUUUUUAUAAGUGGCUGCAUAAUAAUGAUUUAGUAUCUCAAAGACAUUUUGUUAUAAUUAUCAAAUACCAAAGCAUUUUUUUUCUUUAUAAGAUAAGUUUAAAGUAUGACGAAAAGGUUGCCGUUGAGCCAUUAUUAACAUUUAAAAAAAAUUAUGCCAUAUAAAAAUUAUGACAUGAAAAGUUGAAACUUAAAUUUUAGCUUCAAAAGUCAUAUGGACUACAUUUAUGGGGCUUUUUGUCUUUUUUUAGAGCUUAAAGGAGUAGUUCACUCUUAAAAAAAC